GCUAAUUGCCUUGGUAGCCGUUGGAAUCGCGGAAUAAAAUUUUGAAUUUUUCUAAUGAUACAAACAUGAAAGCGUGAAUAUUUCAAUAAAAUGUUUGACUAACUUUCAUAAGCCCCCAAUUUUAGUGAUAUUAACUCCAUAGUUCAUACUAAUCCACCUCUCCAAGAUAAAUGACACUUUGAAUUAGCGUGAAACCUAAUAGCGUUGUUCUUUACGGGUAAUCAUUUCCUCCUCAAUAUAGGAUUUUGGUUGAUAUUUACAUGGGCCUAAGCAUAUUGGGCCAUCAACCUUAAACCCGAUACAGUUUUGAAAAAGGAGAAUUUUAUCAAACGCGUUAACUUGCUAUUGACCUCGCCGAAAUCGUAAACGAAGUCAUAGCCGUCCAUGUCUUCAUCGGACGGUUCCUAUGCUCUCGAACCUUCUCGAAUUUCGCACCCUCCUCCUCCUUUGCCCUACGCUCCCCAUCCCCAAAGCUUAUAAAACCAUCCUCAAGCUCAACCCCGUAUUCCUCCACUGAGAUCUGAAAGUGAAGCUCGAUAAACCCUAAUCGAGCUCUUCAGAUCUAUAAAUUUUCUUUCCCCCGUUUUUUUUAAGCUUUCGUUGCCUUCGUUUGUUCUUUCUCCGCCGGCAAUAUGGCGAAAGGUGAAGGUCCAGCCAUCGGUAUCGAUCUCGGAACUACAUACUCCUGCGUCGGAGUAUGGCAGCACGACAGGGUCGAGAUCAUCGCCAAUGAUCAGGGCAACAGGACGACGCCGUCCUAUGUUGCCUUCACUGAUACCGAGCGUUUGAUCGGUGAUGCCGCGAAGAAUCAGGUCGCCAUGAACCCCAUCAACACCGUCUUCGAUGCGAAGCGGUUGAUUGGGAGAAGAUUCACUGACGCUUCCGUCCAGGGUGACAUGAAGCUGUGGCCUUUUAAGUUGGUCUCUGGUGUCGGAGACAAACCAAUGAUUGUUGUCACCUACAAGGGCGAGGAGAAGACAUUUGCAGCUGAGGAGAUCUCCUCCAUGGUGCUCAUCAAGAUGCGUGAGAUUGCUGAGGCUUAUCUUGGUACCACCAUCAAGAACGCAGUUGUGACUGUUCCAGCUUAUUUCAACGAUUCCCAGAGGCAGGCCACCAAGGAUGCCGGUGUUAUUGCUGGUCUCAAUGUCAUGAGAAUCAUCAAUGAGCCUACCGCUGCUGCCAUUGCUUAUGGUCUUGACAAGAAGGCCACAAGUGUUGGGGAGAAGAACGUGUUGAUCUUUGACCUUGGUGGCGGUACUUUUGAUGUUUCUCUGUUGACUAUUGAAGAGGGUAUCUUUGAAGUGAAGGCAACUGCUGGAGACACUCAUCUUGGUGGUGAAGAUUUUGACAACAGAUUGGUGAACCAUUUCGUUCAGGAGUUCAAGAGGAAGAACAAGAAGGAUAUCAGUGGAAACCCCAGGUCUCUGAGGAGGUUGAGGACUGCUUGUGAAAGAGCAAAGAGGACCCUCUCGUCCACUGCCCAGACCACCAUUGAGAUUGAUUCUCUCUAUGAGGGAAUUGAUUUCUACUCCACUAUCACCCGUGCCAGAUUUGAGGAGCUCAACAUGGAUCUCUUCAGGAAGUGCAUGGAGCCAGUGGAGAAGUGUUUGAGGGAUGCCAAGAUGGACAAGAGCACUGUCCACGAUGUUGUUCUUGUCGGUGGAUCCACCAGGAUUCCCAAGGUCCAGCAGCUCCUUCAGGACUUCUUCAACGGCAAGGAGCUUUGCAAGAGCAUCAACCCAGAUGAGGCCGUUGCUUAUGGUGCUGCAGUCCAAGCUGCCAUCUUGAGUGGUGAAGGCAACGAGAAGGUUCAGGAUCUUCUUCUCUUGGAUGUCACUCCUCUGUCCCUUGGUCUUGAGACUGCCGGAGGUGUCAUGACUGUUUUGAUCCAAAGGAACACCACCAUUCCCACCAAGAAGGAGCAGGUCUUCUCAACCUACUCAGACAACCAGCCUGGUGUGCUUAUCCAAGUCUACGAGGGUGAGAGGGCCAGGACCAAGGACAACAACUUGCUCGGCAAGUUCGAGUUGUCCGGGAUCCCACCAGCACCACGUGGAGUACCACAGAUCAACGUGUGCUUCGACAUUGAUGCCAAUGGUAUCCUGAAUGUCUCUGCUGAGGACAAGACCACGGGACAGAAGAACAAGAUCACCAUCACCAAUGACAAGGGUAGGUUGUCCAAGGACGAGAUCGAGAAGAUGGUCCAGGAGGCUGAGAAGUACAAGUCAGAGGAUGAGGAGCACAAGAAGAAGGUCGAGGCCAAGAAUGCCGUUGAGAACUACGCCUACAACAUGAGGAACACCAUCAAGGACGAGAAGAUUGCUGCCAAGCUCGAUGCCGCCGACAAGAACAAGAUCGAGGAUGCCAUUGAGAAGGCCAUCCAGUGGCUCGACAACAAUCAGCUUGGUGAGGCUGAUGAGUUCGAGGACAAGUUGAAGGAGCUUGAAGGCAUCUGCAACCCCAUCAUCGCCAAGAUGUACUCUGCUGGUGGCGGCCCUGGCAUGCCCGGUGGUGGCAUGGAUGAAGAUGAUGUUCCUCCUUCAGGUAGCAGCGGUGCUGGUCCCAAGAUCGAAGAGGUCGACUAAGUUGUCUGCCUGGUUUCUUAUCCCUGAGGGUUUCUGCUCUUUUGAAUUGUUUUUUUGAAGAUGGAUAUUUUGUUUGAUUUUCUCAUUUGGAUUUUGUCGGGGGAAGGGUUAAGUGAUUGCAAGCUGGUGGCUUGCUUAUUUUGAACUGGUACUGGUUUAUGUUAUUUUUUGCCUUAUGAAUGAUAUUACCUCUCUUUGACAAUUGCAAUUUCUGUCCUUCAAUGAUUUUAUAUCAUUUUGCUUUUUUCAUGUUUAUGCUUGACAUCGUACUGUGGAGCGCCUACUCGAGUGGAUGGCAGAAACUGGUUUUAACUUUUAAGACCAUCUCCAUCCCCAAGUUUUAGCAAUAGCCAAGGUAUUGUUAAGGUGACAUGGAGCUAAUGUGGCAAAACUUUAGGAAUGCCACACGUGUGUAAUUGUUUUCUUUUUCUUAGUUAGACAAUGUCUUCAGUUCUAAAAUGUUUGGUAGAUUUAAUUGGUGGGUGGGAUACAUUUUAGAAAUUAUUGCUAACAUAUUUUGGGAUGUUGAUGACAUAUUUUGGGAUGUUGAUAACUAGAAAUUGCUAAGUGAAAAAUUUAUAAAUUACUAAAUUUGAUGACGUGGUUGUAGGGGCCACAUUUAGAAAUUAGGGACUAAUUUUAGGGAUGGAAAUGGUCUAGAGUUUGAAUUCCACACGUCUCAUUUGGGCACGUGGGGUGGCUCGAGGUCUGCGGACCUGCACACCUUACAAGAAGAAAAAUUAGACUUUGUAUUUAAUGUGAAUCGAUUGACCGACAUCCUAUUUGACUCAAUUAUGAACCAAAAUAGAUAAGGAGACCUCAUAUUUGAUCCAUAUCAGCAAAGCUACUUGGGCCAACAAGUUUUCUUUGCCUCAAGUUUUCUGGUGAAGUUGCAAAGUUCUUCACUUUCGUUUCUCUCCAAAUAUCUCCAAAACUCUACAAAUAUGAUUUGGCGGUUUGAGAUUCGUAUUCAUGGUUAUUUCUAGACUCUGAGAACUAAGAUGUAAAAGAAAAUAAGAAUUGAAAU